CCCCAGAAUGUACAUAACAAUGGAUCUGUCGCUUAAAGUUUAGACAUUUUCUCUGCGUCUUACAAGGUCUGCCGAGUCGAAACGGGUCUUCUUAGUAGACGCAAUACCUAGGUACCAGGUAUUCACCCUUCAUGCCCUUACAACCUACCAAGUACCAGGUACCUACCGCUCCCGAACCAAUUGCGGCGGCCCACCACCGCCCCCAUGAACCCCAAUCACGACUGGAACCGAGGUGGGACCUGGAGCCCGCCAACGGACGCAGAGAAGCCGCUCUGCCCGUAUAAGCCAGGCUUCACUGUUGACAUCAAGGAGCAUGUCCCUCCGCCGCCCUUCGGCACCGGGUACUACCCGGUUGGAGACUGGCCUUACGAUAGAGUGACGGAUGCCAUGCUGCGGUCGAUAACACAAACGGAACUCGUCAUGACGAAUCCCCCUCGAGAGUGUAAGCCCAUGGCUUCUUCAUUCGCCCCAGCACUGGCAAACCUCACCAUCACCGAAGGAAUCGCCAUCAAAGACGGACGCGGUUCCCAGCUGGCACUCUGCAGGAUUUCACCAAAGUCACCAGGCCAGCAACCGUUUUCGGCGGUGGCCAAGAUUUUCGACCCGUUGUACUACUCUUUUCGAGACAAAGUCGCUCCGAGUAACCCAACCGACGUUACGUUUGAUGCCGAGGUAGACUACUGCAGCGAGGCUGCGGCAUACGAACAUCUCCGUCGCGGUGGCCGGACUGGUUCUUUUGCUCCCAGCUAUUACGGCUCCUGGACCUUCACCCUACCCAUCCGCCAUGAGGGUGUGGUCAGGCAGCGCCAAGUACGCAUGGUCCUUAUCGAACACAUCAACGGGGUUUGUUUGCAUGGGCUAUGUUGGGACAAACAACUUGCUCUCAGAUGCCAUGAGUCAUAUCGUCUGGGAGUAUUGGCCGCCAUUUUGGACGCCUAUGUCAAGCUGAUGCACGCCGGAGUCGAGCAAAUGGAUUUGGCUCCUCGCAACGUGAUACUGGCCCCAGGCCCCCAGGACACCUCGGCUCCCCAACCCAUCCCGCGUGUUGUUAUUAUUGACUACGCUUGGGCGGUGGUGUAUCACAGAGCGAAGGAAGAAGUGAAAAGUGCAAGCUGGCAAGCUGGGAAGUUUCCUCGGAAUCCCAUGGGCUACUUCUGGAACUACCCGCUAGAUGACUUUGGUUACUGGAUCCCUUCAGCUUGGGACGAGAAUCGAAGGCGUAAACAGGAGUGGCUAAUGAAGGAGUUCGGGGGUCGGGGAAAGCCCACUACGAAGUUGUGUGGAAGAAGCUUGACUUCGCUCCUCCACCGGUGCCUUGGGAGUGAAAAGGGUAGCUGGGGUCAUUUUUGGUGAACAAGUUCUCAGCGGUACGGAAAAACGAGGAACUAAACAAAAGAGAAAAAAAAAAAGAAUGAUGGCGAAGAAAACCAAAUGGAG